AGAAGCAGCAAGAAGAGCGCAUGUGUCGCAGUCAGCGUGCUUGAGCUUUAACUCGGCGCAGUAAGCUACGUAAGCGUGCCAGCCUUCAGGUUUUAAAUGUCAACCCUAUCUGCUGCCAGCGUGGAGCAUGCUCCCGCUACUCAGUGCACCGAGGAGAAGAAGCCCCUGAAACCGUGUUGUGCUUGUCCUGAAACGAAGAAAGUCAGAGAUGCUUGCAUCAUUGAAAAAGGAGAGGAAAACUGCUCCGACUUAAUUGAGGCACAUAAAGAAUGUAUGCGAGCACUUGGAUUCAAGAUUUAAUCACUCCUGUGUGUGUUUGUGUGCGUGUGUGUGGCUGUGUGUUGCUGCCUGAAUGGAAAGGGACCCAGAUACUGUCUUUAUACCUCUAUCCUAAAAAGAUGUUUGAUGCUGCUUCUGAGUAUAAAAAUUUGCUUGUUUAUUAAAGUCUACAAACUGAGAAA